GCCCGGUUUGAAUAAGACCCCGAGGGAGGCAGGCAAGCAAGCAGGCAGGCAGGGAAGCGCUGCGCUGUUAGAGCCCCGUCUUCGGUCCUUAGCUAGUCUGUUCCCUUGCUCGCUUGCCCGCCAGCCAUGCCGCUUUUCACAGUUAAUGUAAAGUGGGGCAAAGAAAAAUUUGAUGGAGUGGAGCUGAAUACAGAUGAGCCUCCAAUGGUAUUCAAAGCACAGCUUUUUGCUUUGACUGGAGUUCAGCCUGACAGACAGAAAGUGAUGCUGAAAGGUGGAACUUUAAAGGAUGAUGAUUGGGGUAACAUCAAGAUAAAAAGUGGGAUGACCUUAUUAAUGAUGGGCUCUGCUGAUGCACUUCCUGAAGAACCAGUAGCCCGGCCUGUUUUUGUAGAAGAUAUGACAGAAGAACAGUUAGCCUCAGCAAUGGAGUUACCGUGUGGCUUAACAAAUCUUGGGAAUACUUGUUAUAUGAAUGCUACAGUUCAAUGUAUUCGCUCUGUGCCAGAACUGAAAGAAGCUCUCAAGAGGUAUGCUGGUGCAUUAAGAGCUUCAGGGGAAAUGGCCUCUGCUCAGUAUAUUACUGCAGCUCUACGAGAUUUAUUUGAUUCUAUGGACAAAACUUCCUCCAGUAUCCCUCCCAUCAUUCUUCUCCAGUUUUUACAUAUGGCCUUUCCGCAGUUUGCAGAGAAAGGAGAUCAAGGCCAAUAUCUUCAACAGGAUGCCAAUGAAUGCUGGGUACAGAUGAUGCGAGUACUGCAGCAAAAGUUAGAAGGUAUAGAAGGUGAUGCAGUAAUGGAGACUGACUCUUCAAUUUCAGGAGCAGCAGCCGCAGCAGCACCACCUAAAAAGAAGAGCUUAAUUGACCAGUUUUUCAGUAUUGAGUUUGAAACUAUCAUGAAAUGCACAGAAGCAGAAGAAGAGGAAGUCACAAAAGGAAGAGAAAAUCAACUCCAGCUUAGUUGCUUUAUCAAUCAAGAAGUUAAAUAUCUUUUCACAGGUCUUAAAUUGCGUCUUCAAGAAGAAAUAACUAAAUUAUCACCAACAUUGCAAAGAAAUGCCCUUUAUUUAAAAACGUCCAAGAUAAGUCGCUUGCCUGCAUACCUUACUAUUCAGAUGGUCCGAUUUUUUUACAAAGAGAAAGAAUCUGUGAAUGCCAAAGUUCUCAAAGAUGUUAAAUUUCCACUUAUGCUGGAUGUAUAUGAACUAUGUACACCAGACCUUCAAGAAAAGAUGGUCCCAUAUCGAUCAAAAUUCAAGGACCUGGAAGACAAAAAAGUAAACCAGCAACCAAAUAAUUCUAGUAAAGGUGAUGGUUCACAGAAGGAUAUUAAAUAUGAACCGUUUUCCUUUUCUGAUGAUACUGGUUCCAAUAAUUGUGGUUAUUACGACCUACAGGCAGUGCUAACACAUCAAGGAAGAUCUAGUUCCUCUGGACACUAUGUAUCUUGGGUUAAAAGAAAACAAGAUGAAUGGAUUAAAUUUGAUGACGACAAAGUCAGCAUUGUUACACCUGAAGAUAUUUUGAGGUUAUCGGGGGGUGGAGACUGGCAUAUAGCUUAUGUUCUACUUUAUGGGCCGCGCAGAAUUGAAGUAAUGGAAGAUGAAUCUGAACAGUAGACUUCCUUUCUACCUACAUCUGCUAAGGUGUGAAAUAAAUGUCUUAAUUCCAGAGCUCACAGAAACUGCAAAAUUGGAUCACUAAAAUACUGUCAUUUGGUGCAACAAGAAAGCAAAACAUGUUUAAAGCCAAUAGGAAGCAGCCACUUACUAGGGGGUAGGUUGAUACAUUUGAAAAUAAUUUUGGUACUGUAUUGCAAAAGUUAAUAUUUAAAACAAUGUAACUAUUAACAAAAUUAAGUGAGCCUCCUGCUCUUCCCUCUAAUAUUUUCAGCAAGAUAUUUAUUGCACACCUAUUCAUACCUUUGUUAACUCCUGCAUGGUUUCUACCAGUUCAGUAGCUGUCCAUCCUUUUUAUUGUGUCAGAAGAUUAAAUCAAUUGUUGCCUCAACAUGUAACUCAGUGCUGCUGCUCAUAGCCUGUGGAAAUAUGGCUACAAUCACGUAUUUGUCCAGCCUGAUGUGCCAACUCAGUCUGCUCUGUUGCUGGCAUUUUUGACUUUAAAUAAAAAGUGAUCAGUAAUGAUGGUGCUUCUUACAUAAAUAUGGUUGGCAUUUGUGUCCUAUCUAAAA